UAAGCAUCUUUAUACGAUAAAGACAAAGAGGGCGGGCGGCUCUACAUCUCCACACAUCACUUUAUAUAUAGGCGAUAAAGCUUCUGCUUAUUUCUUCACACUCAAAAAUACAAUACAGUAACAAUGGCAGCUGAGAGCAACGGAAAAUCAACAAAAAUUCCUGAAAUUAAGUUCACUAAGCUCUUCAUCAAUGGAAAUUUUGUUGACUCUGUUUCAGGUAAGACAUUUGAGACCAUAGAUCCAAGAACAGAACAAGUGAUAGCAAGAAUCGCAGAAGGUGACAAAGAAGAUAUUGAUAUCGCUGUUAAGGCUGCUCGUGCUGCCUUCGAUCAUGGUCCAUGGCCCCGGUUACCCGCUUGUGAGAGGGGGAGGAUCAUGAUGAAAUUUGCGGACUUAAUUGAAGAGAAUGUGGAAGAGUUAGCGGCACUGGAUACAAUUGAUGCUGGCAAAUUAUUUGCUUUCGGGAAGGCCUUGGAAAUUCCUUCUGCUGUGAGCACUUUGCGUUACUAUGCUGGUGCAGCGGAUAAAGUUCAUGGCAACACUUUGAAAAUGUCUAGGGAAUUCCAGGCAUAUACUCUGCGCGAGCCAAUUGGAGUUGCUGGAAUCAUCAUUCCAUGGAACUUCCCUAGCAUCAUGUUCUUCUACAAAGUGAGCCCGGCUUUAGCUGCAGGAUGCACCAUGAUUGUCAAACCUGCUGAGCAGACACCGCUAUCUGCUCUCUAUUUCGCUCAUUUGGCCAAGCUGGCUGGUAUUCCUGAUGGAGUGCUUAAUGUCGUCACUGGAUUUGGACCAACAGCUGGUGCGGCCAUUUCUUCUCAUAUGGACAUUGACAAAGUUGAUUUUACGGGUUCAACUGAAGUAGGCAGGCUAGUAAUGCAAGCUGCGGCAUUGAGCAAUUUGAAAUCUGUAUCUCUAGAACUAGGAGGUAAGUCCCCGCUCUUGAUAUUCGAUGACGCUGAUGUGGAUACAGCUGCAGAUUUGGCUCUUUUCGGAGGUUUUUAUAAUAAGGGAGAAAUCUGUGUGGCAAGCUCUCGUAUAUUUGUUCAGGAAGGAAUUCAUGAUAAAAUUGUGGAGAAGUUGUCAGAGAAAGCUAAAAACUGGGUCAUUGGGGACCCUUUUGAUCCUUCUACGCGUCACGGACCACAAGUUGACCAGAACCAGUUUAAGAAAAUACUUGGAUACAUUGAGCAUGGCAAACGAGAAGGGGCUCACCUGUUAACCGGUGGCAAGACUCACGGAGAGAAGGGGUACUAUAUCGAGCCAACAAUUUUCACAAACGUUGAGGACCACAUGAUGAUUGCAAAGGAUGAAAUUUUUGGUCCUGUCCUGUCAGUCAUGAAGUUCAGUACAAUCGAGGAGGCAAUCACGAGAGCUAACGCGACUCGAUAUGGACUAGCAGCAGGAAUUGUGACUAAGGACUUGAAUGUUGCAAACACUGUUUCGAGAUCAAUCAGAGCUGGUGUGAUAUGGAUAAAUUGUUAUACAGCUUUCAGCCCUGAUUGUCCUUACGGAGGAUAUAAAAUGAGUGGAUUUGGAAGAGAGCUUGGGAUGGAAGCUAUGGACAAGUAUCUUCAAGUUAAAGCUGUUGUCACUCCCCUUGUUAACUCUCCAUGGCUGUGAUUAUAAACGUUUGUUUAUAAAUCUUCUUCUCACAAGUCACAACUCCAUCUUCGCUAAUAAUCACAUGUUGAGUUACAAAGUCCAAGAGAUGCCUUAUUGUGAAAUUAUAUAGAACUUAGGCACUUGAUAAAAGAAAGUUAUCUAACAAUAUCCCGGUAAUGUCUUAUAUCACCAGGACAACCUCUUAAAAUCUUAUUUUUAAAGCA